CGAUGGAAUCCAAAGGCGCGGCUGUGCAUCGUGUAGGAUCCCUUGUGACAUAGAGGUGAUGAUAUGUAACAUAGAGAAUAUGUCAGGUAAGGAUGUGAGAUUAGGUACGAAUAACCAAAAAAAAACCAGCAAUAAAUACAUAAAUCUAAAUCUCACAACCAAAAAGUCCCCAAAAAUUGUAAAAAAUCUGCACACUUGUCAACUCGAGUAUCUCGCUCACUCCGUGCUUUUUCCCCCCUAUGUAAACAUGUCACACUGUAGUUACAUUGUUCUGCCUGCAGGGGCACCGCGGUACAUUUCCAUUGUAAACCGGACCUCGGAUUAAAUCGUGAGAAUAUACAAUACAAAGGAGUUUAAAUGUGAUUUUGAAACGAGGUCUGGGCUGCGUUCUGCGCUCACAUUGGUUCAAUUAAUUGCCAUCCUCCUACCUUUUUUCACCUAAAAACCAGCAUUGACUGCAUCUGUCUCAGUAACAAGACUUAUAAAAUACAUUUGUGAUGUAUAUUAAUCUGGUGGCAGGACGUUACAGCUUUAUAGUGUGACAAGUUUACACGAGUAGCUUAUUUUAAAAAUUCAAGGAUAUGAAUUUAACAUGGAUGAGUUGACAAGUGUUUACAGAUGCAAGUUUCUAAAAUACCCGAAUUGGGUAUGUGUCAGAUUUUCUUGAGGUAACGUGUAGACAAAUACAAACUGCAUAAUAUGGUAGAAGUAAGACAGUAGGGAGUGUGUGUCAGUAACCUUGGUGUUAAGGCAGGAUGCAGAACUAUAGGUCACAUGGCUGUAAAAUGAAAUUGCUAACAAAAUAUUUUGAACCUAUGAAUGAAAUGGGUAGUUAGAUAUGUAGACUUAAGUUAUCAAAACUAAAUAUUUUAAAAUUUUGAAUCCAAUUGCAUUUUAUGUCAACUUUUCUAUUAAUUUGUAUCCAUAUUUUCAGUGGAAACUUCUUUGUGAACUCAUCAUAUUGCAAUUAUAUAUUCUUGGUGGAAGCACUCCAGUGCAUCACUGGCAGUGGGGUAACCAGCAUGACAAGUUUGCACAGGUAGUUUCCAUUAUAAAUGUGGAACAUCAAUUUCUGAUUCACAUAUAGAAACAAGGAUAUAACGUCUGACUUCAAAACAGGAAACAGCAACAUGUGCCACCUCCACUAUAACCACUGACUUGACUUGCACAAUAAGCCUCCCCCUAACUUCAUAUUAAUUGCCCAUAUGAUCCCCAUGUGUAAGUAGCUCAUGAAAUAUCAUGCAUAUGACUUAACCUGGACCUAAAUAUACAAAUAUGAAAAUAUGAAUUCCACAUUUAUACGUAAUCUAUAAAGGAAUAGUUCACUGCCUAAAAUAACCUGACUGGCCAAAUUUUAUCUCUCAUUAUAAGUGUCACCCUGAUUUUAAAACAACGUGCCUUGUCCUUUGGAGAGUAAUUGAAUUGACUUUUGUUUUAUGUGAUGAAUUUAGCUCCCCAAGUCAGAAAACACAGCUGUUGGGUUUCUCAUUCCAUGGCAUGAGUUCCAGCAGUUACCCUCAUCACAACACAGCAUUCGGCUCUUGAAUAUUGUACAUCUGGCCCAACAGGCAGUGCCGAGUCAUCUCCAGUGAUUAGUUAAUUUUGUGCUCUGUGACUCUUAGUUUACGAACAAAAGUAUAUGUAGCCAUUGCCCUGGAAAUAAAUAGUUAUGCCCCUGGUCUAUUCCCAAACACCCCUGCCUCCGCCAAUUCCCAAACAUGCUCACAGCUGUGGGAACCCCCAGCAACAGGGACAUUGAGCACCACUUCCCUUUUCAAACCCUCAGGAUCAGCACAUUGAUUGAAGUGAAAUGUCCAGGAAUCAGCAGUCUCCAGGGACUUGGGUGCUGAGCAAACUGCAGUUGCCAGUGAUCCAAGAUUUAUUCCACACAGAAGAAAGAUUGUCACCAAAACCACUGAGUUUAAUGGAGAGUUGUGUUAAGUACUUACCAUAAUGAAGGCAGGGCAAACUGCAUGCAUUCAGAAGUGGCAGAAGAAAACUAGAGUGUUGAGCUGAUGGAAAUUCGCAAAUCAGCACAGUCUACAACCUGCAAGCUGUGAAUUCCAUGGGAUCAUCCCCUUAUGAUCACCUGGGAACUAGACAGUCAGAAAGCCAUGUUUGCUGGGGAUCAACUAACUGGCUGUUGCCAGAGCUUCAGCCACUCUGCAGACUGCAGUUCCCAUGGUUCCAUAAUGAUAGAUGUCUUGUCAGCAGACUGUUUAAUAUUAAGGAAUGGGCUCUUCAGUACUGGCCAUGAAACAGAUACAUCUAAUUGUAAGCAUCACAAUAGUGGAUAGUAAAGACAAUGACAUAAUAGGAAUAAGCACAUAGGUAAACACAGUUUCUCCACACAGUUCACAGGCAUCUUGCACAAAUAUGCCAGAGUUGUGUAAUCUGUCAAAUUCCUAUGGAGCCCUCAGUGAAAAAGUGCACUUCACUUUCUUCCCACUUAAAAAGAUGGAACUAUCUACAUUUUCUUAUAAAUCCUCAAAUAGACAUCCAGCAAAUGAAGAGUCGUAUUAAUCCUAGUAUCUGAACAUUCUAAUUUACGCCCUUUCUUAAGAAAGAACAAGAUAUGUACUUUUUUUAAACAAAAAGCAAAAUACUUCAAAUAAGAAAUCUGAAAUAAGAAUAUAAAAGCCUGGAAAAACUCAGCCAAUCAGGCAGCAUCUACAGGGAAACAUUUUGGGUCAACUACAUUUUAUCAAACCUGAGUUGUGAUGAAAGUUCAUAGACCUAAAACGUUAAGAUUAGUGCUGUUUACUUUCACUUCCCCCGCCCUCUGCAAUCUGAUGCAAUUCGGAGUUUACUGAGAAGAAUGUGCCAGAAAUUCUAACUAGAAUCACACAUUAAACACACUCCUACCUAAUCUACAGAUUACUUUCAUUGAGGUCAGGAGGAAUGCCUCCAAACUGACAAGACUCUGUGUUAAGUGCUGCCCUUCCUAAUUCACUUUGUUCCUGUAUAUUGUUUUAGGUACGCUCUAACCUUUUCUUUGUACAAAUUGUUGUGAAGAUUAUUAGGUACUGGAUCGCAGUGCUUGAAAGUACAGGUUGAUUGGUUGAUUACAGCUUUGAAAUUUGAUUGAUACGCUGCGAGGCGGGCCAUCAGAAGCACUGGAGCAUUCACUCUCUGCUGCUGGCCAGCUCCAAGACAACCGUUUGUACAGAGCUGGAGUGUGUAAUGCAGUUGGUGCAGGCAGGAGUUGGAGUCAACAUCGCAACAACACGAUUUGCACAGACUCCAGCCCAUAUUGCAGCUUUUGGAGGGCAUCCUCAAGGCUUGUUAUGGCUGAUCCAAGCAGGGGCAGAUUAUAAUAUGCAGGAUGUUGUGGGUGAAACCCCUGUCCAUAAAGCAGCACGAUCAGGAAGUUUGGAUUGUCUAAAUGUCCUUGUAUCUCAUGGGGCUAAAACAGAUUUAAGGAAUGCAAAUGGUUUGACAGCAGCUGAGCUUGCCUUGGCUCAGGGCUUCCAGGAAUGUUCCCAAUUCCUAUGCAGCGUGCAGAACCAUCAGCUAAAUGGUUUCUAUACCAAUGGCAUCGCCAGUGGUCUUUACCGGGAUAACCUGAUCACAGACGGCCUAAACGGCUACACAGGAACCAACCGGAAGAGAAGCCAUGAGGAAUCUGAACGCUGUGGAAUCAAGAAGCCUAGAACUGAUGAUAUGGAUCACUGUAACUACAUGGAUAAAGUGUUGACCAUGCAACCUGUCACAAAUGGAUCCUUCCAUAGCUUGCGCUACUCUUCGGUUCAGGAGAACAGAAUGAGUGAUGCCUAUAUUGGAGGAGCUGCGGAAUUGACUAGUGGGUUCGGUAGCAUCGCCAACCAGAUCCUUUGCAAUAAAAGUGGCUUUCAGUCCAACGGAAUCAUGCAAAACACAGGGAGCACCCAGUCCAAGUCGGAAAUGUGCGGCUCACUGCACCACAAUGGAAGCCCAAGCAGCUGUGUGGCAAUCAAACCAAUGUUGCCAUCUUGCCACGGAACCGGAAGCGGAAGCAUGGAAGACUAUGAUCCGCUCCAAUAUGGCCACUAUCACGGGUUUGGUGACACAGCUGAAAGCAUUCCUGAUAACAACAGCUUCAUGGAACAUUCUAGCUCUGUUAAAGUUGAACAGAGCUAUAACAAUGCAGUUUACAGUGCAGUCCACCUUUUCCAUGGCUCGUAAAGUUGGGGUGCUGGUUCUUAGGUGGUGGGUUGUUGCUGGUAUAACCUCACUGGCUUCUGUAGUUGGUCACUGAUUUUUUUUUGUUUUAUUUGCAGAAAUAAGCAAAAUGCUGGAAUGUUUUUGUUGAUACUUUUACAUUUAAAUUUAAAAUGGUUUUGUCCUGGUAAAUUGUACCUUUAAUUUAGAUUCAGAUGUUAGAAGGAGCAGGAGAGGGCACUCAGCCCUUUGAACCUAUUUGAGAAGAAUUGUUCACCUGACCAAACAGUUAAUAUUUGUUGCUGGUGGCUUAAAUUGAUUCAAUGAAAACACGGAAGCAUUUAUAAAUAUCACUUGUUAGAAUGGGAUCAUUAAUAUCAUUUGAACAUUUUGGAUGGAUUCUGUCAUGGCAAAGUACAGGCUCAUGAGAUACUUUAACUUCCUACAAAAACAUAACAGCUUUUUUAUGUCCGUGAGAAAAGGAAACUUGCCAACCUACUGAUCUGCGUGCGCACGUGACUGAAUUGUGCAUGCAAAUGUACAGCAGUUAAAUAUUUCACAGCAGCUUGGAAGACACAGUCUUAUCUUCUGUUUUAGUCCAGACAUUACCAUUUUAAGUUCUUUGCCAGGUUACAGCUUUAAAAAAAAAGGUAGAAUUGUUUCUGAAAACUUGUUGACGUAUUGAGGUUCAAUGGUUACGUGUUUUUAUUGUGAUGAAAAGUGGAUUCAUUUUUUUAAAAUUGUAAUUAAUUUUUUUUGAUAUUCUGCAUGACUUAGAACUUGAGUUAAUUGCAAUCAUUUACAUCAGUUAUUUUCAGUCUGCAAGAUUUUAAGCAGCUUUCCGCAUAACCUUUGCUGUUUCGGUUAAAUCAGCAAGAAAGUCAAUAUUUUGCUUUUUUUCAAAAUGAAAACAAUUUUGUGUUUCUAUGCCAUUAUAAAUUCCAUAAUUGUAUGUUUGCCUGUAAUAGGAAAGUGUAUAAUUCCAUCAAUUAUAUCCUUUAAUGACAUGCAUUAAAAGGCAUUAUCCUUGUCAUUAUCACUGCUUUAUUGCAUGAUUUAUAUUUUUCUUGAUUUUUGUAAAACAAUUGGUGAAUUUCAAACUUAAUAAAGAUUUUUUGUUUUCUCAAA